AUCACAUGUGAUCAUAUAGCUGCAGCUAUAAACAGAGCCUUACAAGGGUUUCUGUUGUUAACAAUGUGGAGACCCAAAGCUCCGUGUCUCACCUGGCUGAUCUCAGAAAUUGGAGGCCUGUGUCUGACAUUAUUCCAGUUAGCAGACUCUGAUCCGAAAUGUGACCCUGAUGAAGCGUGUGUUAAUUACAACGAGGAGAGCCUCAGUACCUGGUAUGUCUGGUUACUGAUCUUAUUCUUUCUGGCCACGAUCCUGUCCUGUGGGAUUCUCUUCUGCCUGCAGUGCUGGCUGAAACAACGGAGCAGCUUCCCCUCCCGGCGCACACUUGCCGUGUUUGCACUCAGUGACUCCGAUUCUCUUGGUGUAAGUGAUGCUUCCCCAUGUGCAUUUUCCGGGGUGCACGCCCACUCUCCAAACCCAGACCUGUGCCCUUCUCCCGCCCUGCGCAUCGGCACCAGAGGGACUGGAUCGCCUCCUUCCUACGAGGAUAUUAUGAAGGCAGGCAAACACUAGGGGCCUGAUUCAUUCCCCUUCCCCCCGUGUUACUCCAGAUCGACACCAGUGUGAGAACAGAAUCAGCCAGAAGGCUGAAGAGGAGACAGAGGAAGUAUUUUAUUUUUAACUUAAAAGGGGAAACGACAUGCCAAUAGAAAAACACCCACUUUUCCUUUAUACGCCAAAGGACUGCACGGCAGAGAGUAAGUUUUCACUGGCCCUGCAGGCUGAAGAUCUGGAUCUGAACUUCAGGCUCCUCCAAAGUUUAGGUCUGUCUGUACCGAGCAUUUUUGGUUCAGCCUGAACAUUUAGCCUAUUAAAUAUCCUAAUUCCUCCCCUGUGCUUACAACUCACUGCCUUUCAGGAGCGAAGGCUCGGAAAUGACUAGGCAGUGGCUUCUCAAGGCAGAAAGAGAUGGGUUUGCUUCAGUCAUUUGGCACCGAGCCAGCAUGGCACCCGUGGCGUUAAGAGUUGCACUGUUCUACUGUGCAGUGCGGUGUAAAUAUGCCCCAUGUAAGUGAAGGGCUGUUUGCCUCCCGUGAAAUGCGUAGCAUGGUUUAAAAGACACAGAUAGUGCAAAAUACAGCUGCUUUAAAGGCGGCAGAGGAAAAGCAUGAACCAUGGCAUGUGCAGCCGGAACCAAAUUAAAAUGUUGCUUUGGUUAUUUUCAGUUGAUGUAAAUACUCUUGAUUUCAGUAUUAAUAUUGUGACUGUCUCCACUGUGGUAAAGGAAUGGUGGUCAGCCCGCAGCUCUGUCUGCCGGACCAGCCCCAAAGGGCAGGAAGGGGACCAGCCUUUGAGACCACUGCCUGCUCUCCCAUUGCAACGUUCCAGGCCUGCUGACUUCCCAACCUCUCCAGUGCUGAGAUCCAAGAUUCUGGUUUUGGCUUAGAAAUAACAAUAGCUUAUAAUUAAUCGAACACAGUGAUCUCCAUAGGUGGUCUGUAUUUUAUUCUGCGUAAAGCAUUAUUGACUUAUUAUUAUUUACUUGGUUCUAAAUAUGUUGCUGCUUUUAAUUUCAUUGAAUGUCGCCUUCUAGUCAUAUUACUGGAGUGGCUAACAAGCCAGGAGAGUUCAGUUUUUCACUAUACACCCCUAUUUUGAAUACCUUAUUCACAAGAUUCAAGUAACCCACCUUCAGGCCAACUUCCAGCAGAGGGCGAUACAGACUAUCAAUAGUGAUUAAGGGGCUUUUUGGUCACAUCAAAAUUGAGCUUGCCACAGAGAACAGGUUAGGGUUGCUGUGUUAUUGCGGGGGUUUAAAAUUUGAUUUGUUUCACAUUUUGGUGCUUUUGUUAUUCAAAAAAUAAAAUGGUUUAACCCCA